UUACUCUUACAGUUGGUAAUAGGACUCAUGAAAGCUAUUCAUGGAUUUUGAUUUGACCUCAUCGAAAACAUUAGCUAAAAUUCAAAAAUGGAAAGCAUAUUUGGGGGAUUUUGCUUAUUUGAAUUAUGUAGAUCCCGUUCUAAUCUGUAUUUUUUUUGAGGUAGAAAGAUGCAUGCCUUUAAUCUGAAUCUUUGAGUUUAGAAGACAUAUGUUUUUAAUCUGGUUCUUGAGGUGGGAAGACACACCUUUAAUUGAAACUAUACCUUCUCCUGGAAACAUAUAUAAACAUAUGGAAGAAAUAAGCUUUUACCCCUUGCCUUGCUAGCAAGUACAUUCCUCCAUUGGCAUUUGAGUGUACUUCUUCAGGAUUCCAGCAUAUACUGAAGACCAGUUGAGACAUCCGAUCUUGUAAACUGAGCAAGAACUGAGUUCUUGGACUUUUUGUUCACAGCCAGCCAUUGUUGAUUUACCUAGACCACAAUCUAUUUCACAAGUGCCCAAGAUGGAGAGAGUGAGGCUGAAUUAAUGCCUGAUGAGUUUGAAGAGAAACCAGGAAGGGAAAAGAAACACUCGAACUUCACCUUGUGCAGUGUGUGUAACAUUCAACUGAAUUCGGCUGCUCAAGCACAAAUCCACUACAAUGGCAAAUCUCACCAGAAGAGACUGAAACAGCUGACCAAUGGCACACUGAAGAACGGCAAUGGUGGUACAUGCCAGAGUCCUGCUCUCCCAGCCCUGGUCCGGCCGCCAGCCCCUCCUUUGCAGCCAUCAUUGGAUAUUAAGCCCUUCCUUCCCUUUCCUCUUGACACUGCAGCGGCGGUCAACCUGUUUCCCAAUUUUAAUGCGAUGGACCCUAUUCAGAAAGCCGUAAUAAACCAUACAUUCGGGGUUCCUCUUCCUCAUCGGAGAAAGCAAAUCAUCUCAUGCAACAUUUGCCAGUUGAGAUUUAAUUCAGAUAGCCAGGCUGCGGCCCACUACAAAGGCACGAAACAUGCCAAGAAGCUCAAAGCACUGGAAGCCAUGAAAAAUAAGCAGAAAUCUGUCACUGCCAAGGACAGCGCAAAGACUGCCUUCACCUCCAUCACUACCAAUACCAUGACCACCAGCUCUGACAAAACAGACAGUACCACAGGGACGACAGUGAUAUCAACGACAAAUGUGGAAAUGCACAAGAACAACACCGUAACAACCAAGAUCUCUAAACCGGAGAAAAGCCCCACAGCGGUGGCAGCCACUGGCAACAGCUCAAGUCCCUCCACAGAGACUGAGGAAGAAAAGGCAAAGAGGCUGCUUUACUGUUCGCUAUGCAAGGUGGCUGUGAACUCUGCCUCGCAGCUGGAGGCUCACAACAGCGGUACUAAGCACAAAACAAUGCUAGAAGCCCGCAAUGGAAGUGGAACUAUCAAGGCUUUUCCUCGGGCAGGAAUGAAGGGCAAAGGACCUGUUACUAAGGGAAACACAGGCCUCCAAAACAAAACAUUUCACUGUGAAAUAUGUGAUGUGCAUGUCAACUCGGAAACACAACUCAAACAGCACAUUAGCAGCAGAAGGCACAAAGACAGAGCUGCUGGAAAGCCCCCCAAACCAAAAUACAGUCCCUACAACAAACUGCAGAAGGCAACAAAUCCACUAGGGGUAAAAUUAGUAUUUUCAAAAGAAGCUUCAAAGCCACUGGCUCCCAGAAUUCUCCCGAACCCGCUGGCUGCGGCCGCAGCUGCAGCUGCUGUGGCAGUGAAUUCCCCUUUCAGUCUUCGAACUGCUCCAGCAGCCACCCUCUUCCAGACCUCAGCACUUCCUCCAGCCCUCCUGCGGCCAGCUCCUGGACCCAUUCGGACCACCCACACUCCUGUGCUCUUUGCUCCUUACUGAAUUCCCCGAACAGGAGGUGUUGUACUGCAAUAAUUUUUAAGACAACAAAAUGAAACUAAAAUCAAACAAAAGAGAACUAUGCAGUGUUUAUUUAUAGUUUCCAGUGUACCUGAAGAGCCAGGACUUUUGAUAGUAAAAUGAAAAGGUUAUUUAAA